UAUGAAGUGGUUUGAAAGCUUCAUUCAUGAACUCCAUACCUUGAUUAGAAAGCUACCAAUUAGGUUUGAGAGAUCAAACAUAAACGGCCCAUGGACUGAUGCCAUAAGGCCCAAUAAAACAAAAUAAUUAUGAACAAACGGAAAAAAACACUUAAAGAGCAAAGAUCUGGUCACAACCAUAAGACACGGAUCGAUGAAUACAAUAGUAAAGUUUGAAAACACGACGAAGAAGAUGUCUGCUAAGAUGCGUCACGGCCUCACGACAGCGAUCCUUCUGUUUAUCCUGCUUCCGUACGGUGAGGCUAUUUGGCUAGACGUGCCUACCACGGGAACAAAGUGCGUGUCUGAAGAAAUACAGAGCAAUAUUGUCGUCUUGGCCGAUUACAUCAUAAUCUCCGAGGAUCAUUCUCUCAAACCCACUAUAUCCGCCAAGGUGACGUCACCAUACGGCAACAAUUUGCACCAUUCGGAAAACGUGACGCAUGGAGAAUUUGCAUUUACGACAAAAGAAUCAGGGAACUACAUAGCCUGCUUUUGGGCAGAUGCAAAGAGUCACGGCAACAAGGACGUUAGCAUCAACGUUGAAUGGAAAACUGGAAUCGCUACUAAGGAUUGGGCUUCUAUUGCUAAGAGAGAGAAGCUCGAGGGAGUGGAGCUGGAGAUUAGGAAACUUGAAGGCGCAGUUGAAGCUAUCCAUGAGAAUCUAAUCUACCUAAGAAACAAAGAAGCAGACAUGAGGACAGUGAGUGAGAAAACUAACUCGCGAGUAGCUUGGUGCAGUAUGAUGUCGCUGGGUAUUUGCAUUGUUGUCUCUGGAUUACAAGUAGCCUACUUGAAGCACUACUUUGAGAAGAAGAAACUUAUCUAAGCAACAACCUUUUUGACUCUUCCACUUCCUUCUAAGAGUUUUAUUAUUAAAGGAACAAAUAUUCAUUUCCUCUCUUUUCUUUCUUCUUUGCAUUUUUUUGCACUUAUGUUUGUUCAGCGCUAUAAGGCUAAACAUUAUUAUUUUCCUAACAUUGAUUUAUUAUAUUUUAUUACAUAUAAAAUAUUAUAUCAACCACUAUAAAAUCUAUAAUUUUAUUUAGUUUAUGAAGUUUCAUGUGUUAACGGUUUUAUUUGCAACAGUGUAAACCGUUUUAUGAAAAUCUAAUUUCACGUGGAUUAUGGUAAAAGACCGUGGCGGAUGCAGGAAAUAAUUUUGUUGGGGGCAUAAAUACUAACCUACAAUAUUUAAAAUGGGUGCAUAUAGCUUAGGUUUUAAUAAAUUACACUAAAUUUUCAAAUGUUGUUGGGUUCAGUGGCCCCGUCUCGUUACAUGUGGUUCCGCCACCGGUAAAAAUUA